AUGGGGCCUAUUAAGAAAUUAUAAGCAUUUGUUUGUGCUCAAACUUUCUGGCCAUAAUUCAUGGUUAGAUGGUUUUAAGCAGAGAAAGGACCAUUCACAAUAUUUUUCUAUUGUCCUUUAGCAAAAUGUGGAAUAUCUGUGGCUAACAUAUAUGAUAUCAUUAAGAAGCCUGUAGAUACAAUAAAUCCUGUCCAAUAAUCUGUAAUAGCAAUGUCAGGAACUCUUUUUGCAAGGUUAAAUGUAAUCUUUAAAAUAGAUGGUGCUGGAUACUUAAACCUAGAUAAUUUAUGCUUGUAUUUGCUAACUCAGUUAUGGCUUCAACUGGAAUCAUUUAGUUAUGGAGAAAAUUGUAAGUAUUUUGAAAGAUUAGAUUUAGUUAAUCAGGGUAAUCAGUGUGA